CAGAUUGUAUAUAAAGGCAUUCAGUCGAUCAGAUGUUACCUGCAACGUCUAGAAUCAAAAUGGGAAAACUACUACUUGUUCUGACUCUCCUCGUCUGUCUGGUUGCGCUGUCAUCGGGUAUUCCCAGUGGUGGGUGCCAUUAUGGACAUAAAAGAUGUCAUGAUUCGAAACCUUGUUGCAAUGGAUAUGAGUGUGAUUACAAAUACGGCCAUUGGGGUUGCUGCGAAAGGAUUAUCUGGUGGCGCCCAGGUGUUAUUGGAGAGAACCCAGAUACAAUGUACAAUGGGAAGAGACCACCGACCUUCCAAAAUGUAUGGUGGUACUGGUGGUUAAUACUGAGACAAUGGCGCCAGAUCAUCGGGAAAUGACGAUGCAACAAACAGCUUUUCUUGAUUUAACGUUAAAUUUGUGAUUUGAGUCAUUUUCCUGCAAAGAAAUAAAGUCUUGUGUACAUUUCCA